AUGGUAUCUUCUUCAUCAUCACUCAGUAACAAUGCCACCAGUGCAACAACCUCCAAUCAAGAACCAGAUGUGGUGUUGUUUCAAAACAAGAACUCUGCUAGAAUCAUUAAUUUGAAUAGACAUAAGAAAUUGAACUCAUUGAACACUAAGAUGGUCAAUUUGAUCACUCCUCGUUUACUUGAAUACUCGAAAUCAUCAUCUAAUAAUGUUGUCAUUUUAACUUCUGAUUCUCCAAAAGGAUUAUGCGCUGGAGGUGAUGUGGCUGAAUGUGCCGUUCAAAUCUUGGAAGGUAAUCCAGGAUAUGGUAGUGACUUCUUCCAACAAGAAUAUAACUUGAAUUAUCUUAUUUCUACUUAUAAUAAACCAUAUGUUGCCCUUAUGGAUGGUAUCACUAUGGGUGGAGGUGUUGGUUUAUCAGUUCAUGCUCCAUUUAGAAUUGCUACUGAAAAGACUAAAUUAGCCAUGCCAGAAAUGGAUAUUGGUUUCUUCCCUGAUGUGGGUACUACUUUCUUCUUACCUAAAUUAGAUGAUAAAUUAGGGUAUUAUUAUGCUUUAACUGGUGAAAUCUUAAAUGGGUUAGAUGCUUAUUUAGCAGGUUUUGCAACUCAUUACAUUCAUUCUGAAAAAUUACCUCAUUUAAUCAACAGAUUAUCAAAUUUACAACCUCCAGUUAUAAACGAUAUCAAAACCGUCACCAAUGAUGUUUUAACUCAUCAAUCAGAAUAUUUCGCUCAAGUUAAUCAAGCCAUUGAAGAAUUCAGUGAAAAUAAAUUACCUGAAGAUUAUAAAUCACCCCUUUCAAUUGCUGAUCGUUUAGUUAUCAAAGAAGCAUUUUCUCAACCAUCCAUCAAUGAUUCCAUUAAAUUCUUAGAAAAUGAAGGAAGUGAAUUUUCCAAACAUUUACUUAAAAGAUUAAGUAUCAAACCAUUAAGUUCUCUUACUAUUGCUUAUGAAUUAUUAAAAUUAGGAGAAAAAAACACUAUCAAGGAACAAUUCAAACAAGAAUUAGUCGCCGCUACUAAUAUCAUGAAUAUCCCAGCUGGUAAAAAUGAUUUCGUUUUAGGUGUAUCUCAUAAAUUAAUCAAUAAGAUAAAAUCUCCUUCAUUCCCUCAAUGGCAUGAUGCAAAUGUCAAUGAUGAAUUCGUCAAAUCAAUCUUAAACUCAUCUAUGAAGACCGCUAUUGACUUAGCUAAUCCAUUAAUCAAUCCAUUCUUUGGAGUUGAUUUCAAAAAUUAUCCUCAUCAUAUGGGUUUACCUUCAAACCAACAAGUGGCUGAUUAUAUCACUGGUAAUGAUGGUUCAGGUAGAUCUUACUUACCAACUCCAACCGAAGUAGCUAAAUUCUUUUCUAAACAUACUAAUAACAAAUUAGGAAUUGAAUUUAAAGUUAACCAAAUCUUGGAAUUACAUGGUGAAGCUUCUAAAUAUGAUAACAAAUAUGUAUCAUGGAAAGAUUAA